UUUUUAAUUUUUUUUUUUUUUUUUUUUUUUUUUUUUUUUAUUAUUAUUAAACGAUCUAAAGAUGUGGAUGCAGCCACAACAGCCGUAUUCUUAUCCAUAUACACAAAUGCCUUCACAACAAGCCCAAAUGCAAUCAACAAAACAGCCAGAACUAGAUGCUUCAUUCAAACGACAAGCAGAAGGACCUGUGUUAUGGUUUGCUGGACCUCCAUUAAACGUGAUACCCCAAACAAAGCCUACUCAUUCAAUGGAAUAUUUGGAAUGGAAAAAAAAGCAAAGUUCUCAUAAAUAGUAAUUAGACAAAAUUAUUUAUUUUAAUUCUUGUAAAUUAUGAAUGAUUUAAAAAAAAAAAAAAGGUGUAAUGAAGCGAUAAGAACCUAUUUUUUAUAUAAACCAACAUAAUAAAAGAGAAAACAUAUUAAAAAAACUACAGAAUAUGUAUAUGUUUAAGACAAGUUAUUAUAUCUUUAAUUAAUAGUACAAUAAUAUGAAAAGAAAAAAGAUGCUUGUUUUGUAUAUUACUAAAA